GUCACUGUGGUUUAACGGACUCAAAGUAAAACAAGCCUCAAAUCAAGAAGAGCCACAAACAGAGAUGAGGAGACGACUGAAAGUCCCUGUAUGACAUCAUUAAUCAAAAUCUGAUCACAUGAGCUCCAUGGACAUCACGACAGCGUUCACCACUGAGGACCCAUCUUCCAUCAGUCCCACGUUCCCCUUAAGUGAGUAUGACGACGACGGGAGCUACUGUGACCGAACAUCGGUGCGGGACUUCAGGAAGCAAUACGAGCCACCGCUCUACUGGAUCAUCACACUGGCUGGUGGAGUUGGGAACAUGGCUGUGGUCUGGAUCUACCUGAACAUCCGCCGUCGGCUGAAGACCAUGACAGACGUGUACCUGCUGAACUUGGCCAUGGCCGACAUACUGUUCCUGGUCACGCUGCCGCUGUGGGCAGCCGAUGCCAUGAACGGCUGGAACUUCAGCUCCUUCCUUUGCAAGGUGACUGCAGCCCUGUACAAGGUCAACCUUUUCAGCAGCAUGUUGCUGCUCACCUGCAUCAGCAUCGAUCGCUACUUUGUCAUCGUGCAAACCACCAAGGCCCAGAACUCCAAGACAGCGCGGCGGCGCUGCAGCCGGCUGGUCUGUGUGGGCGUGUGGCUGCUGGCCCUGCUGCUGGCUCUGCCCGAGCUCAUCUUCUCCCAGGUGGACUCUGAGUCCUACUGCAGGAUGGUGUUCCCGCCUCACUUGGGCAACCGUACCAAGAUCCUGGUGCUGUCACUGCAGGUGAGCAUGGGAUUCUGCCUGCCCUUCAUCAUCAUGGCCUUCUGUUACAGCGUCAUCAUCGCCACACUGCUCAAGACCCGCAACUUCCAGAAGCACAAGGCCAUGCGCGUCAUCCUGGCAGUGGUGGCGGCCUUUGUCCUGUCACAGCUGCCCUACAACACUGUGCUGGUGAUGGAGGCAGCAGAGGCCACCAACAUCACCAUGACAAACUGUGAAGUCCAGAAGCGCUUCGACAUGGUGGAGCAGGUGCUGAAGAGUCUGGCCUACAUGCACGCCUGCCUCAACCCGUUCCUCUAUGUCUUUGUGGGUGUUCGCUUCCGCCGUGACCUCGUUCAGAUGAUACGCUGCUGCGGCUGCCGCUGCCUCCCGACGGCCACCAAGGCUUCGCUCAGUAAGACCAGGAGUCCGCUGAGCUCCACACGGGCCUCUGUGAUGUCAGAUAGUGAAACGUCGCAGGCCUUGUCACUGUGAAGACACACGCGAGUGCAACUUCCUGUUUGUGCUGCAGCUGCUGCAAGUUUUAUAGACAAAGUGACUUAAUGCUGCGCUUUUAUCACCUGAUCCAGGUCAUACCUCAAGAAUCAGAACCAGAACUGCUGGACAUUUUAGCUUCAGGCUGCUGCUUCACACUUUUCAUCAGAACUAAAAUUACAAAACACAUCAAAAUAUUUCAGCCUGAGUGUGAAAUCAUUUAUUCAGAACAUUUUCAAAACCUUUCCAGGAUUUGUCUGAAGAAUGAAUGUACAAACUUUUUUAGCUAUUGAGACUAUUGGGUCGUGUAUGGGAAACCAAUAAGACUUAAUCUGAGCUGAUCAUUUGUCAGAUGAUGUUAAUGUGUUUGUCUAUUUCCCAUUUAUUCAUAACCGUGGUCUGUUGCUGUCAUGCUGUGAAACUGAACAUUGCUGCUAAAGGAGGCAGCAGGAUACAAACAUGGACCUAUAUUUGGACAGAUUUCUCCUGUAUAUAAACUUCUGUCGUCUCGGUUGUUUCUGUGUGUGUACUGUGACAAACAUUAAAGCUUGUGUUAAACAGCUGGA